UACAUUGGUUCUUUUCUGAACAGGUCUUCAGAUGAAAAAUGAGAUUUAAAAAUAUCAUUAACUAAAAUAAAUGUCUGUGUCUACACGGUUUGAUGGAUUAGAGUGCGUGUCUGCAGCUACAGUAUUCCUCUAAAUUAGGGAGGGUGUCUGCAGCUACAGUAUUCCUCUCACUCAAUGCUCUGCUCACCGAGCGAUCAGAUGACAGCCAAGUUCGAAGACCUUCUCUCCCAAGUGGACUCCGGACCCUGGACAUGGAUGGUGUUUGCUUUGUGUUCUGUCUGGGGACUCUUCGGAGCCAUGCAGGCGGUGUCAGUCGUGUUCCUGACACCAGCUGUCGCCCACUGGUGCCACGUGAACGAACUUCACAACACCAGCUGGACGAUGGACCAAAUAAAGAACAUUUCCAUCCCCUGGAACACCGAGACAUCCUCUUACUCGUCAUGUAGCCAAUACAGUAAGAACUACAGUGCACUGAGCGUCUUGCCCUACGAGCAAGCCCUAGUCUACAACGUUACUUCUACCUCCCCUUGUCGUGCCUGGGACUACGACACUUCUGUCUUCCGCUCUACUGUCGUCUCCGAGUGGGAUCUGGUGUGCGACAGAAGCUACCUUCGUUCGCUUGUACAGAGCGCGUUCAUGAUGGGAAUUUUUGUUGGUUCCCCAGUGAACGGCUUCCUCGCUGAUAGGUUUGGCCGUAAAAAGAUACAGUCGGUGUCACUAUUUAUUUUCCUGGCGGUGGCCGCCCUGGCUGCGGUGGUGAGCUGGUUCCCUGCCUUCCUUUUGUGCCGCUUCCUCAUGGCCUUCUCAGGGCACUGCGUUUACCUCACCUCAUAUAUCAUAGCUGUUGAGACAUGCAGCGUCAGGCACCGAGGCACCAUCGGCAUCCUCUUCUCGGUGCCCUUUGCAUUGGGCGUGAUCCUCCUGCCAGGCUUCGCGUACCUCAUACGCGACUGGCGCCACCUCUACCUGGCCAUCUCACUGCCUGUGGUGCUCCUCAUAGCCAACACUAUUUUACUGCCUGAGUCGCCUCGUUGGCUGAUCCAGAAGGGGCUCAGCAAGAAGGCGGCUGAGGAGCUGCAAAGAGCGGCGCGCUGGAACGGACAGAAACCUUUGGACUCCAUCUGGCUCGCAGCUGCCAUCGCUGAGAUCCAUGCCUCUAGUCAGGAGAUCGCGUCUCCUGCAGAUGAACACGAAACAUCAGACGUGGAAGUUUCAGAUCGAGGAAGCUCAAUGUCUUUCUUGGCCGCCUUGAAGAUGUUGUUUUCAAGUCGCUUUAUAAUAACAGUUACCGUGAUACUGAGCUUCGUGUGGUUCACAUGCACCCUCGUGUAUUACGGCAUCAUUUUGAACUCUGGUAAUCUAAGUGCCGACCCGUUUGUAUAUACGGCGCUAGGAGGGGUUGUGGAACUGCCAGGUUAUCUGCUUGGAGCCCCCGUCGUCAGGAGGAUAGGGCGGCGGCUGACGUUAAUAUCGUCGCUCUUCAUCACAUCCGCCGCCAUCCUCGGCCCUUUGGUCGCCGCCAGCGGUGACAAGACGUCAUGGUGGUUCUUGGCGUUGGUUCUGGUGGGCAAGAUGACGGUCACGGCAGGGUUCCAGGUGCUCUAUCUGUACACCAGCGAGCUCUACCCAACCUGCAUCAGAACCCAGGGCCUGGGCCUCACUUCCAUGCUGGGCCGUCUGGGUGCCAUCCUCUCACCUGUUAUUACCAGCAACUUGGGUGCAGUGCACUGGUCCAUCCCCAGCCUGAUCUUCGGGCUGACGAGUGCAGGAGCAGGUCUGCUGACUUGCUUGCUUCCUGAGACAACGCAGCUCGGCUUGCCCGACACGGUCCAUGAAAUGGAAACCUUGCAUCGUAAAAAAAGUGGCUGUGACGAAGACCGCCAUGUCGACGAUACGCUCCUUGCCACUGCCGAACAGGACGUCGGGCAGAGCUUCUCCAAGCGUGAUAAUGAAGCGUCGGAUAGCGUUAAUAGUUUAUGAGACAAAUUCUAGUUUUACACUGUACAGGUCAUGAUGCAUUAUCAUCAUUAAUGUAAGAAAACUUCUCCGUUGAAAUGUACCUAUUAAAUGACUGAAGAUAUUCGUAAUUAUUCCAUUUUAUUAUAUGAAUUCUUAAGAGAAAAAUUAAGAUUUAAGCAUAUUAAUUAAAAAUGGAAUUAGAAGGGAUAGAAUUUGUCGAUAAAUUACCGAUAGUAUCUAAUAUUUUAAACAACCAAGGCAUGUGCCAACAGAUUUUUGGUUCAGAGAGUGGAAAGUUUGCAAUUGAACUUUUUUCAAUACGUAUUUUGUUACUGUUAAUCAUGUUGUUAUUGAUCAACUUCCUAGGUAAGAUUCAAAUUUUUUCUGUGAAAUAAUUAAUGAUUCAACAAAAUAAAAUAGGUAAUUACAUGAGUGUCUAGUAUUGCUUUGUCACUCUUUGAUCUCACCAGCAUUUUGUACAAUAUAUCCUGCUAUUGCCAAAAUCAGACAAAUAUUUACUUCUCAUUUCAGUGACAUGAAUAAAAAGAUGUGCUGUGCUUUCAAAUGAACUUAAAGAACUUUUUAGGAAGUUUUAAACCGCAUAAAAUGCCUCUAAUAUAGGGCCAUGAGCUUCCGAAUAUGUACGUGGAAUACUGUACGCCUACACUGUAUACAUUCGAUUAAUGAGCAAUAUGUAUUAUUCAUUCCGAUUGAUUAUUAUUCAGAUGAGUCAAGUAUUAAGUAUCCAAGUGGGUCAGGAAGUUUAAUAUCGUUCAUUUACUCAUUUUCUACUUACUUGCGUGAGUUAUUUUGCAUCAAAAAUAAAUACAUGAAUUUUUAUUUUACAAAUUAUCAAUUCAUAUUGCGUUACUGUUGCUCAAGUGUCAAACCUGAACUGUUGUUCAUGAUGUGAGGAUUUAUUUUUGAAAUAAAUUCAUCUAAUUCUGAACAGAUUUUUUACAA